UAAAAUGUCCCUUCCAGCUUUAAGGAAUGCGGGGGUGCAGUUUAUGCACUGGGAUGAGAGAUGAGCACCUGCUUGAGAAGCGGAACCAGCAUCCACUGGCUGUUUCAGAGGCUCAAGCGCCACAUCCAGGAGCCUUCCAAAGCCAAGUCCUCUCAGCUGUUCAGCAGCAGCAGCUCCCACAGCUCCUGGGCAGGCCUUUCCUUCUUGGCAGCUCACUCGCACCUUGGCAGCGCUGCCUCCUUCCGGCCUCCGUUCCCUUCAGUGCAAGCAGCCAAGCUACUGUUGGGUCGGAGGAGAACUCGUUUCUACUCACGAAUCGGCCUUCUUCACCCCCGUGGUCACCGGGCCAGUGAGCAAUGGAGCCCGGGCAGGAAAGCAAGGCAUGUGGGCAAGCAGCAGCUGCCCCCUCCACUGGGUCUGGAAGUCUAACAGGGACAAGAGCCAGCCAAGGGGAUGUGACUCUAAUUGACAUUCUCUGGAGACAAGACAUAGAUCUUGGAGCAGGGCGUGAAGUUUUUGAUUUUAGCCAAAGAAAGAAGGAAUAUGAACUUGAGAGGCAGAAGAAGCUUGAAAGUGAGAGACAAGAACAGCUUCAGAAAGAGCAAGAAAAGGCCUUUCUUGCCCAGUUGCAGCUGGAUGAGGAAACAGGGGAAUUUGUUCCUAUCCAGCCAGCUCAAGCCAUUGAAUCUGGAAAUUCCGCCAUAUCCAACAGUUAUUCACAGAGUGUACACAUUUCCAAACAAGAUGCAGAUGAUCUGUUUGAUGACUGCAUGCAGAUUUUAGCAGAAACGUUUCCAUUUGUGGACGAGAGUGAGAUUUCCCCAGCUGAAUUUCAACAAGUGGCACCUUUGGAAAUGGCUACCAACCAGGUCUUUGUUGAUUCUAACCAUAUGCAGCCACUUGACUCAUCUGUACUUCAGUCUACGAUUCCAGAGUUGUUAGAUACAAAAGUUGAGAACACACAAGAUAUAGAACAAGUGUGGGAAGAACUCCUGUCUAUUCCAGAACUGCAGUGUCUUAAUAUACAAAAUGACAGCCUGGCUGAUGUAACACCAAACUCAUUUGCAGUAAAUGCCACUUCAGAGGCUGCUGAUAACUUUACCCUCUACAAUUCAUUAUCUGCCAUGGAGAAAGAAGUUAACUGCAGCCAAGAAUUCCUGAAGCCACUGGAGGAUCCCUAUUCUAGCAUGGUGCUGCCAGAAGAUCCUAGCCAACAUAGCACUGAUUUCUGUGAGGAUUUCUAUUCCCUUAUUGACGGAAAGAUGAACAGCAGAGUGGCUACCCCACCAUCUCAUUUUGUGGAUCAGGCACUUGCUGGCUUUUUAAGUGAACCUAUUGAUCUUUCAGAUUUUGCUCAGUGCAAAGCUUUUAACCAGGACCUUGCAGGAAAUGCCCCGGAGUGUAAUGAUUCCGACUCUGGUAUUUCACUGAAUGCAAGUCCCAGUACAACAUCUCCAGCUCAUUCUGUUGAGUCGUCUUCGGUCUAUAGGGAUACAAGCUUUGGAUGCAGUGAUUCAGAAAUGGAGGAGAUUGAUAGUGCCCCUGGAAGCGUGUCACAGAGCAACACAAAGAUGCAUUCAUUUCAGCUGCAGGCUCCUGUCUCUCCAUCUCUAGAGCAAGGCACCCCAAAGCCUGACAUACCACUUACUAGUACACCCCAAAGAGAAUUGCCUGCCAAUCCUGGCCAUGUCGAAGCUCCAUUUAUGAAGGACAAGUCCUUUAGCCAACCAGAAGCUCAUCUCACUAGAGAUGAGCUGAGAGCAAAAGCUCUGCAGAUCCCUUUUCCUGUUGAAAACAUCAUCAACCUGCCUGUGGAUGACUUCAAUGAAAUGAUGUCCAAGCAGCAGUUCAGCGAGGCCCAGCUCACUCUGAUUCGUGACAUUCGAAGGCGAGGCAAGAACAAAGUAGCUGCUCAAAACUGCCGUAAAAGGAAACUGGAAAAUAUUACUGAGUUGGAGCACGACUUGGAUUACCUGAAGGAUGAGAAAGAGAAGCUCCUGAAAGAGAAGGCGGAGAAUGACAAAAGCUUGCAGCUGCUGAAAAAGCAGCUGAGCACCUUGUACCUUGAAGUCUUCAGCAUGCUCCGGGAUGAAGAUGGCAAGCCAUAUUCCCCUAAUGAUUACUCACUGCAGCAAACCAGAGAUGGGAGCAUUUUUCUUGUUCCUAAGAGCAAGAAGCUAGAGACUAAAUUCUGAAGAUAAGGGAGAUGAAGAAUAUUUCUAUGAAUAUUUUUACAUUGGUAUUUUCUAUUGAUAAGCAUUAUGUAACCCAACAUUGUCCUUUUUCAAGUGACUACACAUUUCCCUAGAGCCAAAUGUAUGAACACACUAAAUCAUUAAUGUAAAACAAAUGUAUGCACAAUGGGUAAUACUUCUGUAAUACGCUAGUUCUUCCUCUUAUGUAACAGCAACGGAAGUAGUUUUUGUGCUUGUGUAAAUAUUUCAAGAUGUCUUAUUUAUAUACAAUUUCUAUAGUUUGUUUUACUCAAAUAUGUAUCUAGCGUGAUUUAAAACUGCUAAUCCUACAUAUUUACAAGAUUAAUUUUAUGUUUUAAGGUACAUCAUUUUAUAAAUAUAAAUGAUUUUUUUAGUUUCCAAAUGUAUUUUUGUUUUAUUAUAGCAGCUUGAAUGUCAUGCAAAUUGAUCUGCAUAAGACAGUAACAAGGGCACAAUCCAACCAAAGACAAGCACUGUGAAGGACAGCUUAGAGUAGGUACAUUAAGCACGUUCAAUGUUUUUUCAUUAAAAUUAAUGGGGGCUUAGGAACCUGAUCAUUGGAAGAUGAUAGAGAGAUGAUUGACGGAUAGAUUUUUGGACUUUUAAAAUGGCAAGUUUUUUUUUUUCUUUUAGAUAGUUUAGUAGAAUGCAAUGUUACGAUUUUGCUUCAGCCAAAGCUGUGUAACUAUGUGACUGAAUGUGGUUGAAUGGGGGAGUGAGUUGCUGGAUGUAGAACAUAGUUUUUGUUGGAUCUAAGCUUUCAUUACCCCCCCUCCCUUUUUCUAGCUCUUGUAUUUCCAUAUAUUUGACUGAAAUGUAUUAAAGUCUCUGGCUUCAGAGUGAAUGGUUGAACAAGC